AAAAUCUCAUCUUUUACCACUCCUUUUAUAAUCACAUCAUGGUAAAUCAUCGUUCUCUCUUUUUAACUCUCUCCCACAGUGUUGGAACAUUAAAAUCAUCACUUGAUGUUCUCUCCCGAAACAAAGUCAAUUUAACAAAAAUUGAAUCCAAACCUGUACGUCACUCUAAAGAAGUGUUUAACUUUGUUGUUGAUGUUGAUGAAGACGUUUCCAAUGAACAACUCGACAAGGCCAUCACUGAAUUAAAACAAUCUAAAUAUUGCAAUGAAGUUAAAUUGUUGGGAGGAAAAUCAAUUCCUUGGUUUCCAAGAAAAUUAUCGGAUAUUGACUACUUUUCAUCUGAGACUUUGGAAGCUGGUGCAGAGUUGGAAUCUGAUCAUCCUGGAUUUACCGAUUCCGAAUAUCGUAACAGAAGAAAACACAUUGCAGAAAUUGCCAAGACUUAUAAAAUCAAUGAACCAAUCCCAAAAGUUGCCUACGCAAAAUCAGAAAUUGAUACCUGGCGUAUUAUUUAUAAUGAAUUAACAGCACUUUAUCCAACCUAUGCUUGUGAACAAUAUAAUUACAUUUUCCCACUCCUUAUGCAAAAUUGUGGCUACUCUGAAAAUAACAUUCCCCAAUUGGAAGAUGUUUCCCAAUUUUUACAGGGUGUUACUGGUUUCCGUUUGAGACCAGUGAGUGGUUUGUUAAGUGCAAGAGAUUUCUUGAAUGGACUUGCUUUUAGAGUUUUUCACAGUACUCAAUAUAUUCGUCAUCACUCUGUUCCCUUCUAUACUCCAGAACCUGAUCUUGUACAUGAAUUAUUAGGUCACGCCCCAUUAUUUGCUGAUUCUGAUUUUGCUGAUUUCAGUCAACAAAUUGGUUUGGCAUCUCUGGGAGCUAGUGAUGAAGAUAUUGAAAAACUUGUCAGACUCUAUUGGUAUACAGUUGAAUUUGGAGUUUGUGUGCAAAACGAUAAAGAUGGUAUUCCUAGAAAUAAGGCUUAUGGAGCUGGAUUGUUAAGCUCUUUUGGAGAAUUGAAAUAUAGUAUUGAUGGAAUUGAUGUAAAAACUGGAAACAAACCAGAAUAUAGACCAUUUGAUCCAGAAGUUGCCUGUAAUCAUGUCUAUCCAAUUACAACCUAUCAACCUGUCUAUUAUGUUGCCAACAGUUUUGAUGCCAUGAAAGACCAAAUGAGAAAAUUUGCUUCCACAAAACUGAAUCGACCAUUCGCUUUACGAUAUAAUCCUUUUACACUUUCAGUAGACGUUUUAGAUAGUGAAGAUAAGCUACUCACACUAACAGGAACAAUUCAAUCCAAUAUUGAUAAUUUGAAAUAUGCUUUGGAAAAAAUUAGACAAAAUAAGGGUUUAAGUUUUGAAUAUAAUGAAAACAAGUAAAUAAUGUGAUAGAUUCCUACAGAGUAAUGGAAACAAUUACCAUACGAGUUCGAACAUGAAUAAUAAUAAACCUUGUGUUGUAUUU